ACCAAAGCCAAUGAGAUGCUGAUGUUAUGGGCCUUUUGUUUUCAAAAUGAAUAAAAGGGGUAAAUCUAGAGAGCAGUAUCACAAAAUCCUCCUCAACAAUCCCUGAUCAAGCUCAUCAGUCUUAAUUAAAGACAUUAUCAUUCAACAUGAGAACUCUCUUUUUGCUGGCAUUUGUCAUUGGAGUGGCCUACUGCGCUCCGCAAUCGAUGUAUUAUGAACUAGAGUACAAACCUGUCCUGGCUCCACAGGGUCUUCCUGCGGCUGCUGCUGCAGCUAGACCUUCUGAAGUCGAAAUUAUUUUGGCAGCUCAGCAGGCUGCAGCUGGAGUUCCUGCUCAACCUGUCCGUGGCUUCAUUAAGCAUGAGAUUCCCCAGCCUGGAGGCAGAGAAAGCAUUGAAGUUCUGUACCCAUUCGGCUUUCCUCAAGCUGUUCCAGCUGCCCCUGCUGUUCCUGCUGUUCCUGCUGCCCCUGCUGCCCCCAGUACAGUCCAAACUGAACAUUUGUAA